AAUAUACUACUAUUUUCUUACUGCUUUAAAAUUUUCAGGUUAUGAACUCACUACACAUCAAGUACAUCAAGUGACCACGUGACCAAUCACUUGGUGGUGUAAAUAAACGAUAUUUUUUUAUUCCAAAGCAGCAUGAGCAUAUGACAUGAUAAGAAAUCAAAUAGAUAAUUUUUUAUCAUAUGAUUUUAAUAAAACAGUGGGUGUAAUAGAGAAGUGUAAUUAUUUUCCUGUUGAAUUGAUUUUUAAUGGAGCAAAUAAAAAUAAAAAAUAUUGUAGUCACUGGAUUUGGUCCUUUUGGAGAGCAUAAGAUCAAUGCUAGUUGGGAAGCAGUAAAAGAAUUAUCAAAAAUUUCAAAUGAUAAAUUAAAAAAUAAGUAUGAAGUCAAUUUAAUUAUUGAAGAAAUUCCAGUUGCUUAUGACCAUGUUGACAGCCGAGUUCCUCAACUGUGGAAGGAGUAUGACCCAUUGUUUAUGAUUCAUGUUGGAGUUUCCGGUGGUGCUAAAUGUCUAACGAUAGAAAAUAGAGCCCAUGGGUAUGGAUAUUUAAAAAAAGACGUCAAGCAAUGCAGCCCAUGUGAAGGAAGCGAUUGCGAAGUGGCUCUCGCUACUGAAAUAGACGUCAAAAAAAUUUGCGAAGAAGUUAAUAAAAAAAAAUUCUGCGAAGCGUGUGUGUCCGAUGACGCUGGUAGAUAUUUAUGUGAGUACACGUACUUCCAGUCAUUGCGUGUUCAAUGCAAAAAGACUAUUUUUGUUCAUGUACCUGAUUUUGACGUUUAUCCAACUUCUGUCACCGCUCAAGGCCUUGAUUCUAUUGUGUGUCACUUACUUGAAAAUUUAUCGUAAAUUUUCCGCUGAAAGAUUUUUUAAAAAGUGAUUGUAAAUUUGAUGUAUUUUUAAAUA